UUCAAGACACGUCUGCUUGUAUGGUUACAAACCCUGAGUUACUUACUGACACAGCUCUGGCAUGUUUCCGUGUUCUUUAUUCUUUAUCUCAAGAAUGGAUCACGUAUUGUUUAUGUUCUACUAAAUUACGGCUAACGCACCUCAGUGGGUAUUGUGGAAAUUGGCAGUAGUUUUAUUUGUGAGGUUUUAGGAUUAUUGACCCCGUGUAUACAAGUUCAGUCUAUUUUCAUAAAGGGGAUAGGUGAUAGAAGUCUACCUGAGGAAGUACGCUGUAGACGUUUAAACGGCACCUUUCACUGAACUGUUGACUUAGAUGCGUUUAGCAGCUCAUCUUUUUCCUACGAGUUUUAAUCGCCGUCUCUGUUUUAAAGACAUCUCCCACGAUAAUGUCUUUUUAACCUGUACUUUUACCUGGCUCAAUCGAGGUUACGGGUUCGGUCACAGAGGUAGCUAAACCAUUGUUUGUUGAGUAAACGUGAUCGAUGAUUUUCCACUCCGGCUAAUCGCGUAAACUCUACUAGACGUCUGUGCGGGCUGUGAUUGACUUCUCAGCGUUUGAUUGACAGCUACAAGCCGCGGCGCGGAUUGGAGGAAUUAAAAGCUUGCGUCGCCCUUAGGUAGUGAGAGCAAAAGCUCGCUUCAGAACAGAUACAUCAGAAGUCUGCGACUGGUGGGGAACUAUACCAAACACAGUCCGGGAAUUUCAUCAAUGGAUUUGUAGCUGAACGCUGGACUUGUAAAACCGGGAGCUUACUACAAUCACGGACAAUAUGGAGAUACAACAAGGUGCAUUGUGUGUUAUUUUUCUGAUGGUUUUCUCCUUAACGGGUCCAGUUUUCUCAGCACCACCACUCAACGAUUGGGGCACGGAGUGGGCCUUUCUGAGUGGGAGAGCACAUCAACCAAAAUGCAUCGACAUUCCGCAGAAUCUUUCCCUGUGUCAGAACAUAGGUUACAGCCAGAUGCGACUGCCCAAUCUUCUGGACCACGAUACGUUGUCUGAGGUGAAGCAGCAGGCAGGUUCCUGGGUGCCACUCUUGGGGAUUCAGUGUCAUCCCGACACCAAAUUAUUCCUGUGCUCCUUGUUUUCACCCGUCUGUCUGGACCGACCGAUCUGGCCGUGUCGUUCCCUGUGUGAGGCUGUGAAAAAGGGCUGUGCGGAGAGUAUGUUAACUCACGGCUUUCAUUGGCCUGAGAUGGUGCGCUGUGACAAGUUCCCUUUGGACAACGAUCUGUGUAUUACGACGCAAAAUAAAAAGCAACAAGUGGACAAUAACGUUUGCGAGGCCUGUCGGCAGCCAGACACAUUUGAGGGGCUGAUUCACAACUUCUGCCGUUCUGAGUUCGUGAUAAAAGUGAGGAUGCGCAAAUCUGUCACCAAGAAUGCUGAUACCAAACUCAUGAUAUCCAAGAAGAAAUUGAAAAUUUUGAAGAGAGACAGCCCAAUAGAUAAGAAAGAAUUUAAACGUCUUAGCAUGUACAUCGAAAAUGGAGCGAACUGCAAGUGUGAUCGCCUGAAACAGCAACAGAAGAAGGCGGAAAAUUACAUCGUUAUGGGGAGGAAAAUUCAGGACAAAUUGGUGGUCACGUAUUUGCUGCCCUGGCCGAGAAAAUCACAAGAUUUUAAGAAAGCCACAAGAGCCAUGCGUAAAUCGGACAUUUGUCAAAGCGGAAUGGACGUUAUUAGCGCUGGCAUGGACUCGACCAGCAGGUUAAGCAAGGAAGAACCAGCGAGGCGAAAGAGAAAUAGAGAUAAAAACAGAAAGAAGUCAAAAGAAUAAAGGGAAGGUCGAUAUGUUUUUAUCAAAGAAAACUCCAUGCCAAAUCCCUUCUUUAUUAUGCAAAUGAAACAGCGAGAGUGAUAACCGGUUACUGUUAAAAAGUGUUUAUAAAUAAGAACAAUGUUCAUAACAAGGUGUGUCAGUGCGUGAAACAAUGAAUGGCAACUGUUUAAUGUGUUGAAAAUGAAUAAUGAAAUAAAGAUGGUGGAAAAUAAUAAAAGUGCAAAAAUAUGUAAUUAAUGUUGAAGGAAUGUGUUGAACCUAGACAUGUAUUAUGGUCGUCUAUCCCCGUAUUAGAAUAAUAGACGUAUAUCAUACUUAGUAGAACACUCCGAUCUCUGCGUGUGUGUGACAGCCGUCAAUCCUGGCGGCCCUUACUUCCUAGGAUCAAUAUUUACCCGAGUCCGGUGACAGGUGACAUUUUUACCUGCGACGCUCUUUCUCAAUGGGUUUAAGUUGCAAAACAAAUGAAGUGACAGCUACGGAGCUGUUUAUUCAACAGCCUCUGCAAAUUGAACAGACAGAGCGUUGUAAGAGGAACAGACUAGAAAUUUCGACCUCCGUUAUAGACUGCUUUCCUAAAUUAGCCCUUCACUGCUUCCUGUGUGUUUUGACCGGGGGUAAGGCCAGUAUAAUGUCUUUGUUAUUGUUGAACAUUUAGUUAUUGUAUUCUGUUGAAUUGGUGUUGCUUUUAAUGAACUUUAUAUAUAUUUAUUUUAGAACCAUUUGUACAGUAUUACUCUCCUGGUAUGACGUAAGGGUUUUCGUUACAGAUUUAGUUCCUAUAGCUAUCCAACAUAGGCUUCUGGGAGGUUAGAGACGCUGCAUUUUCGAGAACAUGGAGCCUGUACUUUCUUUUUUUAGAUAAAACAAUCCAAUGUAAAUGGUAUAUUAGAUACGUAGAAAACAAUUUAAAUGUCUGAAAUUGCGGAACAUUCAGAGAAAGGAAUUUAUGAUUAAAUAACAAAAGUGAAAAAGAUGUGGUCUAGGCUUAACGAUGUUACUUAGAUGAAUUGAGUGUCCGUUCUCAAACUACGUAGAAAUUCGAUAUGCGUUAGAGGCAGAGCUGUAAAUAUGCUGUAAAUGUUUUGUAUUAAGAAAUAAAGUCGAGAUUUGAUCGGAAA